AUGAGGAUGAGAGUGGAAACAGCGCUUGUGGUUCUCUUGGGCCUCAUAUCAAUUCAGCAAUGUUAUGGAGGCGCAAGUAAGUGGACGUGUACGUGCUUCUCUUCAGGCAAUCAAAGUGAUAUCUUGGAAUCUAAUUGUUCCACAUCAUGUAAUUGCAGACCAGAUAGGGAAGAACAAUGGGUAUGCUUGUGUCCUCUAAAUGGAUUCCCAGUAAUUGCCACUGGUGGUUCCAAUUCUUCAUGCUUCACUUCUUGCAACUGCUCUGCUGGAGGACCAAUAGGAGAGGAGAACAAAUCUCCAAAGAAGCAAUCUUUAUCGAAGAAACUGGUUCUUGUUAUACUAAUCCUCUGCGUUGUACUCACUUCAAUAGCAUUUCUUGCUUCUAUGGUUUGCUACAUUUGUCGAAGGAACAAGUUUUCUGGACAAACCCCUUCAGUGUCUUCAGAUAGAGAAUCAAGCUGGCACAGCUCUGCUAACUUAAUAACCCGUAAAAGCUCGAUUUCACAACCUAAACUUAGCAUUAGCUCCUCAGUAACAGGAUGCUUCUUUCAGAAUGCUUCUCUGUUUUGUGUGAGCAAAUCUGAAACGAUCCAUGGAAUGAUAUUUCAGUUCUCAUACGCAGAGUUAGAGCAAGCAACCAAUAGAUUCUCCAUCAACAAUGUAAUUGGACAUGGAGGAAGUAGCUGCGUUUAUCUUGGUCAGCUCAAAGAUGGUAAAACCGCUGCGAUCAAACGUCUUAAUACUCCUAAAGGAAACGAAACCGACACUCUCUUCUCAACAGAAGUUGAGUUGUUAGCAAGACUCCAUCAUUACCAUGUGGUCCCGUUGAUUGGAUACUGCUCCGAGUUUCAUGGCAAACACGCAGAGAGGCUUCUGGUUUUUGAGUACAUGUCUUAUGGAAACCUGAGAGAUUGCUUAGAUGGAGAGCUGGGAGAGAAGAUGACAUGGAACAUACGAAUCUCUCUGGCUCUUGGAGCUGCAAGAGGUCUUGAGUAUCUUCACGAAGCUGCUGCUCCAAGAAUCUUACACAGAGAUGUUAAAUCAACAAACAUUCUCCUUGAUGAGAAUUGGCAUGCAAAAAUAACAGAUCUUGGGAUGGCUAAGUGUUUGAGUAGCGACGGUUUACAAAGUGGUUCGAGCUCUCCAACCAUGGGACUUCAAGGAACGUUUGGCUACUUUGCACCUGAAUACGCAAUUGCAGGAUGUGCUUCAUUGAUGUCAGAUGUUUUCAGCUUUGGUGUUGUCCUCCUCGAGCUUAUAACCGGAAGAAAACCGAUACAGAGACCAAGCAACAACAAAGGAGAAGAGAGUCUUGUUAUUUGGGCGAUGCCGCGUUUGCAAGAUAGUAAGCGAGUGAUCGAAGAGCUUCCUGAUCCGAGGCUAAACGGGAAGUUUGCUGAAGAAGAGAUGCAAAUAAUGGCGUAUCUUGCUAAAGAGUGUUUGCUUUUAGAGCCAGAAGCUAGACCAACAAUGAGAGAAGUUGUUCAGAUUCUUUCAACCAUCACACCAGAGACGUCAAGACGUAGGAACUUUGGUGACAUUUUGUUGUCACAGAGCAGUGAGAGGAAGAAGAAGAAAGAGAGCAAAGUAGGAGGAGGAUGGUCGAGAGGUGGGAGCAGGAGUGGUGGACAGGAAGAUGAACCAGUGGAUUUGACUGAGCCGCGGUUCGAGUCUUUCUGCUUGCCUAAUGUGAAGCCGGUCUUGCUUGUUGAACCACCUGCACAUAGUUAA